UAAAACUUGGAAGCUUUUAAACUUGUGGCUGUCUCUUUCUUUCUACCUCACUCUGAGAGGAGUCAUCAUCAAAAUCAAUGGGGAAGCAAGUUGAUAAUAAGACGAUUACUUGGGUGAUUAAAAAUUUCUCCUCUUUGCCAUCUGCAUCAAUUCAAUCUGAUCAAUUCGUUGUUGGUGGUUGCCAAUGGUGUCUUCGGGCCUAUCCCAAGGGAAAUAAUUUGGCUCUCUAUUUAAUCGUUGCUAAUAAUGAAUCUUUCCCUAUUGGAUGGAGAAGACACGCAAAAUUUUCUUUUACUUUAGUAAAUCAAAAAUCAGAAAAUCUCUCCAUACUAAGAACAGAAUCACAACACUGGUUUGAUCAGAAGUCUACUAGCUGGGGGUUUCAAGACAUGAUUCCCCUCUCUGAACUUCAUACCAAAGAGGGAUUUCUGGUGAAUGGAGAACUCAUUGUUGUUGCCAGGAUAGAUGUUCUUGAAGUUGUAGGAAAAUUAGAUGUUUCACAGGUAUCUUCAUCAGUACUGGAAACCGUAGAUGUCAAUGGGUUUCAAGUUCUUCCUUCACAGUUCAAAUCAGUGAAUCGUUUGUUCGAAAAACACCUAGAUAUUGCAUCAAAAUUUCGUCCAAAGAAUCCAUAUAUGAAGACGGCGUACAUGAAUGUCCUUAUAAGCUUAACCAAGACGCUGUGCCAAUCGCCUCAAGAUCUCUCCAAUGAGGAUAUGUCUGGUGCAGGCGCUGCAUUGACAUAUUUGAGAGAAGCAGGGUUUAAGUUGGAUUGGUUGGAAAAGAAACUUGGUGAAUUAAAGGAAAAGAAGAAGAAAGAAGAGACGUCUUUGAAACGGCUGCAAGAAAUGGAGGAACAGCUUACACCGUUGAAGCGGAAGUACUUAGAUCUAGAAGCUCAGAUAGAUAAGGAGAAGGCAGAGUUGUUGGCAGCUCGAGCUCCUCUCUCCUCGAAUGAAGACAAUGUCGUCUGAUAUUGACUUGAGAGUUCUUAUUUGUUUGUGUUCUUUGAUAUUUAGGUUCUGCUUGGUGUUCUUAUUUUUUUGCUUGCGUCUUGAUUUCGAAAUGAGAACACUCUUAAUUUGGAAACGUUUUGCAGUUGAGGGAUCUCUAGGUAGCUUGACUAUGAUGCCUAUAUCAUCCGUCGGAUCAUAUAUUGAUUCGUUAUCAUGGAAAAGUAUUACAUCCCAAAGCUUUUUGCUCAAGCCUUAACUAAGAACUUGAACAUCUGGUUUCUCUUCUUCAUUCAACAGUUGGAAUUUAAGAAAUAAAAAGUAGAGAGUCAAUUAACUUUUAUUCAUGCUGAUUAUGCAUAUGAAGAUGUUUGGAGAUAUUGAUGAUGAAACAAUAAACGUCAAUGGGUUUCAGGUUCCUUGGUAAGUAGUAAAUAAUUUAAACCUAAUUUGUGCCAGUUGCCUUAUGAGCUAACUGAUGAAGACUUGUAUGAACCAGAAUACGCUUUUUUUUUAUCUGAAAGAUUAAAGAUGAAUCUUGGGAGGGUUUUAGUUGGAUUGAUUAAAGAUGAAGCUUGUGAAGGUUUACGUGAAAAGGAAGCAAGAGCGAGACAGAAGAUUGUUAAGGUUUACUUGUAUCAUAAGUUUCCACGUUUUGCAGAAAAGUAUUUUGCCGUUUCUUUAAUUGCCCUAUGUUUCUUGAAGAAAACCUAAUAAAUUUUGUGUCUGAACAAGUAGUGACACACGAAGACUCACGGUCAAAAUAGCAUGUUGAUGACGUUGAC